AUGGCUAGCGGGAGGAGGCGUCGGGGAGGGGAGGAGGAGGUCAAGUCGAAGAAGAAGGGAAAGGCGCCUCGCGCUGCCUCGCGCGAAAGCCCUCUCCCCGCCAAAAAGAGAACCGAAGAACGAAAUGAGGGCCUGUCGUCGGGGAGGGUUUCAAAGGGGAAGGCAGCGAUUUCUCCUGCGGGGGGAAAGCGCUCUGAGCCCCCCCCCCAAAGACGCCACUCGAUGUCUUCCCGUAGCUCGGGUAGCAGCUCACGUUCCCACAGUCCACUCCCCAAAGAAACGACCAGCGAGAGUGACAACUUCUGGGCAAAACAAGCUUCCGCGUGGGUAAAUAACAAGACGUCGGAGCAAGGUCCCACGGCGCUAAUGGCGCUCAUUGCAACGCAAGCAGCAGUGCAAAUGGCAUCGCAGGCAGAGGGAAGCGCGCAUGCAAUGCCUGGCAGUUUAUGUCCCCCAGGUGGACGUGGCUCUCUAUCCCACCCAAGUGCACCGAAGAGAGAUGGAUCUGUUUAUCCGAAGAUCCUUUCGUUGGGGGGGGGAGGGGAGAAUGGUCUCCAAGGCAAAUCGAUCCCGCAGUGGCUCAGAGACGUAGUGAGGGAGGCGGGGAGUAAGAAGGGUGCGAGAGACGGGAAAGAGGGAGAGGAAGAAGAGGGGGGGCAGCUUUUCACGCCGUCUUCUAAGGGGGCACAAUCGCCAAGAGAUGCCUCCCCGGCUGCAGCAAAGGACCCGAUGGAGAAAGACUCAGAGGGCACUUCGCAGCCGCUCCUUGUCGAGCAGAUAAAGGAAGUGGUGACGGAAAUCCUCUCCGCAGUGACGGAUGAGAUCUUCAGGGAGGCGGCCAGGGAGGCGAUCAGCAACCAGCGCAGAAAGCAGCGAAUUACUGGCAAGACAACUAUAGGCCUGAAGCUGCAGGGUGCGGGGGCAGCGAAUGAGACGGACUUCCAGAAAGAGCAGUCGCAGCAGGCAGAAGGCAACGUUGCGACGGGCUUCCGUAAAAGAGAAGAUCAGGAGAAGCUUUCCAGUGGUGUCGUCAACUCGGACGCUCUGGCCGUCGGCGCUUACCGAUGCCCCUCAAGUGCAACUCCGCCACCUCCUGGUGUCUUCAGCAUCGUUAUCUAUGAAGACGGCUUGGAAUUCGCACGCGUUCCUUUUAACGGAACACAUCUGCUUUUUGGCACAAGCAACAAAUUCGCGAACAUCAUUGACAGCCAUGUGACGCAGCAGCAGAAGCCGCAGCGGUAG